UAUGUUAUGCACUCCCUCGCAAACUGAAGUUAACUUUCUUAACUGCUUUUAGCGCCACGGUCAGGAAACAUGUCUCUCGUCGAAGAAUACUGGCAAAAAACAAGACCAACCAUCAGAGAAAGAACUAAGUUUGUUUUCAACAACGAUCGCUUCAGCGAUAUCAAGUUUGUUGUUCACAAUUUGGAUGGUGAAAGCGAAAGUAAUCAAGUGAUUCCUGCUCACAAGUUUGUUCUAUCGAUCAGCAGUCCUGUGUUUGAAGCCAUGUUUUACGGUGAGUUAGCGGAGACUAAAGACUCUAUUGAACUGCCUGACUGUGACUACGAGAGUCUAUUGGAGUUGUUUCGUUUCAUGUACAGCGAUGAAGUCAACUUGAGCGGAAGUAAUGUGAUAGGUGUAUUGUACUUGGCGAAAAAAUACAUGGUGCCUUCGCUCGCUGAUAAAUGUACCGAAUAUCUCCUCAAAAACCUGGAUCCGUCCAAUGUUUUCAUCAUUCUACCAUUCGCUCAGAAAUAUGAAGAAAAAGAACUGGUGGAUCGAUGCUGGAAAGUGAUCGAUUGGGAGACAGAGGAAGUUGUGAAAUCUGAAGGAUUUGUUACCAUUGAGAGGCCCUUGCUCGAAACAGUGGUGAUCAGAGAUACACUGACAAUUAAAGAGGUUGAUCUUUUUAAAACCGUUGACUUGUGGGCCACAAAGGAAUGUGAGAGACAAGGUUUAGAGGCAGAUGGUUCAAAUAAAAGAAGAAUUCUCGGUGAAGAAAUUGUCAAAGCAAUACGCUUCCCAACGAUGACACAGAAAGAUUUCGCAAGUGAGGUUUUAGCCAGUGAUAUCCUCACAAAAGAGGAGAUCGUCAGUCUUGUCAGAUACCUGAAUUUCGUGUCCAGCUCUCCAGCGGGAUUUCCCGAGACUAAAAGAUGUCAAAAUAUUCACCGAUGUUGUAGAUUUCUCAAUACGACAAAACGUUGCUUUUAUAACGGUACGGAAGAUAACAUAGAUUUCUCUGUGGACAAGGACAUUAAGUUACAUGGAGUUCGUUUCUAUGGCAGUGAGCACUCUACUUACACAAUAAACUUGAUGCUUUCGAUUAAACAAACUGGUCUGGUUUUGUUGUCUUUAAAAAAUAAAGAGGUCCAGACGACGGGAAGCGUAAACUUUGAUUCUUACGGAAUAGAAGUGCCUUUUGACAAAGAAGUCGUUGCACGGAAAAACACUCGGUACUGUAUAACUGCUUCAGUAUCAGGUCCUCCUUCAGCAAAAGGAAUGGAUGGUUUCAAUUCUGUUCAGUGUUCAGGUGUAACAUUCACAUUUAUGGACAGCAGCUCCCUUUCAAGUGGAACUUCUGUUUCAACUGGACAAAUUCCCGAAAUAUUGUUUUCGCUUUAAUAAACUAAAACAUUUCAUUUCUGUUGGCUUGAAUCAGUCAAUCAACUGAUGCCAAUUUGUACAAGCCUGUAGUGAGUAACCAGUUAGGAACAUAACGGAAAGGAAAUUACAAAUCUCAUUAGCAAACCGUUGGUAAGGAAAAUGUCUAUCUUAAGCCGAGAGAGUAUAGUUGAUAUUCUCUUGCUUUAGCUCAACUAGUUAGUCUAUGAGAAACAAGAUUCAGAUUCCUAAACGACACAACCAAACCCAAAAAAAUUUGGCAUUCUCUACAAAAAAUACUCUGGAAAUUGUUAAAAUUGCCGUUUCUUCUUCAGCAAAGGCGACCAUAAAUUCAGUUUCUGGGGAAAGCGUCCAAUUAAAUAAGUAUUUUUGGAUGUUGCGUAUUGCAAUGUUCAUAAGCAGAGUUAAGAACAAUUAUUCUAAUAAAUUAGAGUUAAUCUAAACAAAUGCAAACAAAAUUUAUUUUAAAGAAAGUAACAGAAAAGGACGCUAACAGCGACUCCUUUCUGUUAUAAAACUUAAAUUCUCAUUAGUAAAAUAAGCGGCAAUUCAGCCGACAAAGGAGGAGGAUUGGUAUUAGUUUUAAAACUCAAUCGUGAAAAAUCGAUACCGAUCGAUGCAAGAUGUCUAACUGACUAAGGUGAGCAAGUUUGGCAU